AUGGACCUCUAUGAUGAAUUACCAACAAGUGCAUUACUUUGCGAUCCAGAAUUCACAGCGUUAUUCGAGGCAUGUCUACGAUAUAGAAUCACAACGAUAGAUUUCCUUACUUUAAAUGUAAGAGAACUUGCUAAGAUUUCUCAAAGGUCUAUUAAUGAAGUAGUUAAGGUUAAAAGAUUACUUCUAAACGAAUUUGAUCAACAAUUUGAGGAAAAGGAUAAAGUUCAACCUGUAAGAAAAAUUGAACCACCCCAAGUAUUUACCUCUGGAGAUAUGGAAAUUGAUUCAUUACUUGGAGGUGGAAUUCAUACUAAAAGUAUUACUGAAAUAUUUGGAGAAAGUUCAACGGGGAAAUCCCAAUUAUUAAUGCAACUAUGUUUGAACGUUCAACUGCCUGUAGAGAAGGGUGGAUUGGGAGGUAAAUGUGUUUAUAUUACCACAGAAGGUGAUUUACCAACUUCACGUUUAAAUGGAAUAUUAGACUCUAGACCUGAUUGGAAGGACUUUGGAGUAUCCCAGGCUAAUAUCUUUACAGUGAGUUGUUUUGAUUUAGUAAGUCAAGAGCAUAUUUUAAACGUUCAAUUGCCCAUAUUAUUGGAAAGAAAUAAAGGCCAGAUCAAAUUAAUUAUAAUUGACUCAAUUUCUCAUCAUAUGCGGGUAGAAUUGGAGACUAAAUCAUUCAGUGAAUCUCAAGAUAAUAGAUACUAUGUAGAUAAGAUGGCUGAAAAUUUAUUGCAAUUAUCUAAACAAUAUUCAACAGCAAUAGUAGUUGCAAACCAAGUUGGUGAUAAACCUUUAACGGAAAGACCAGAAAAUUUUGUUCAUCAUUUUAUGGAUUAUGAUUAUCAAUUAGGUUGGUUAGUUGGUUGGAGAGAUUCUACAAUAAUGUACAGACAAUAUUAUACAGAUGAUAAUUCAAAGAAUAAAAGCAUAAGGAAUCAUCAACAAAGUCAACGACUGACACAAACAACAACUUUGGAUCCAAAUUCUACUGUAGAUGAUUUAUUAUCCGAUGAUGAGGAUUAUAGUCUUAUUGAAAGGGAAGUUAACAAAGUUAUGAAUCCGGAAUUAUAUUCUCAAGGUGACAGCAACUUGGACAAUAAUACUACUCAAGCUAAUCAAAGUACCACAGCUAAGAGAUCCCGAUCAAUUAAUAAUAAUCAUUUCGCCCCUCGAAAGAAGAAAAGGCGACUUGAUAUUAGAAUUCCGAAUCUUGGGCUAUCUUGGGCUAAUCAUGUUACUACAAGGAUAUUGUUAAAAAAGUCUUAUAAAGCGUCACCAAUGAUCAAACGUGGUGAAGUGAAAUUUUAUCAAGGUGUUGAUCCUGCCUCAUUUUGGCAAGUGAAAAGGACUUUACAGAUUGUAUAUUCUACUUUCAGUAAACCAGGAGAAAUAUCCUUUGCUAUUACCAAAAAGGGUAUAGAGUCUACUUGA